AUGGAUUGCCAAACGCUCGGAUCCGGAAACUUGCGGGACGCUGUGAGAUUGCCAAAGGGCGAAGAUAUAAACGAAUGGCUGGCGGUGAACAUUGCAGACCUGUCAAACCAGCAAACCCUGCACACCACCGCCCCGAUGUACAUUUCAUAUUUGUUGACGGGGAUCCAGGAGCAGCUGGAUGACGAGACGAUAUUUCCGAGCCAACUCGGCAAACCCUUCCCAGCCGACUUCAUCUCGAUCUGCGAGGGAAUUAUGUGCCAGCUUUUUCGCGUUUUUGCCCAUGUUUAUCAUGCGCAUUUGAACGAGGUAAACAAGCUCUCAGCCGGAAUUGGUUAUUCAACCUGCCACUGGUGCCACGUAAUGGAGAAGGAGUCGUUUGAGAACGAGCACAUUGCAAAGUUUUUGAACGAGAACUUUGUGUCGAUCAAGGUCGACCGAGAAGAGCGGCCGGACGUUGAUCGAAUGUAUAUGAAUUUUAUUCAGGCCACAACUGGAAGUGGCGGCUGGCCAAUGUCCGUAUUUCUCACGCCCGCUCUUGCUCCCUUUGUUGGAGGAACCUAUUUCCCGCCCACCGGUUCCCCGUUCCGCCCCGGAUUCUCGAAUUUGUUGAUGACCAUCGCAAAAGCUUGGCAAGAAGACCCGACCGGAAUCGUUGAACAGGGCGACCAGAUUGUGCGGGAAUUGAAACGCUCCCUUUUGGCGACCGAGAAGCUAGACGAAAAGCCGGCCCCAGCAGCCGCUCAAGCCGCCACCUACGACUACCUCGCGAAAAAGUUUGACAAAACUUAUGCGGGUUUUGGCGGCGGGCCAAAGUUUCCAAAACCAGUUGACCUCGACCUACUCAUCCAGCUGGCAGUCAAAUACCCUGCAAAUCCGCACUAUGAUAAAGCGGUGGAGAUGCUGGACAAAACGUUGUACGCAAUGGAUCGAGGAGGAAUUCACGAUCAUAUUGGAAAGGGCUUUCAUCGAUACGCCGUUGAUGCAGAGUGGCAUGUGCCGCACUUUGAAAAGAUGCUCUACGAUCAGGCUCAACUUCUUGCUACGUACUCCCAGUGGCACCAAUUGACAGGCAAAUACGAGCACGUAAUCAAGGACAUCAUUGAGUACGUCGACGCCAAUUUGACGCAUGAGUCUGGCGGCUUCUACAGCGCUGAAGAUGCCGACUCUCUACCGGAAGAGGGUGCUACACAUAAGAAAGAAGGAGCUUUCUGUGUCUGGAAGUUAUCCGAAGUACAAGAAGUCCUCAAAAAUUGGAAGGCCGGCGAACACCCACUGGCCGACGUCAUCCAGAUGUACUACAACAUCGAAGAUUCCGGGAAUGUGGCGCCUGAUUCGGACCCUCACGGCGAGCUGAAAGGCCUAAAUGUACUCAUCGUGCGCCACCCUGAUGCGGAAGUGGCAGAGGCUUUCGGGCUCAACGAUGGGGAGCUGAAAGCGGCUAUUUCGGAAGCCAAGUCCUUCCUAUUCCAACGCCGCGCCCUGCGGCCAAAACCCCACCUCGACUCGAAGAUUGUCACCUGUUGGCAAGGGCUGAUGCUGAGUGGUCUCAGCAAAGCUUUCAUUACCCUAAAAGACCCGGCCAUUCUCGAACGGGCCCUGAAAAACGUGGAAUUUAUCAAGCAGCACUUGAUCACGGAAAACGGCGACUUGAGAAGGGCGGCCUACCGUGGUGAUGAUGGCCAACUCGCUCAAAUCGAGCACCCAGUGCCAGCUUUUUCCGAGGACUACGCCUUUGUCAUCCAGGGUCUGCUGGAUCUUUAUCAAGUGACUUUUGAUGAGAAGCACCUCGAGAUGGCCGUUAAUUUGGAGGAGCACCUCGAUAGCAACUAUUGGGACGAGGAGGGCGGUGGCUAUACGGUUGGCUCGAAAACUGCAAGCGAUGGACCGGCGAUGAAGGUUAUUGACGAUAAUGACGGAGCCGAGCCGUGCAGCACUUCCGUGGCGUUGUGCAAUCUCGUCCGGCUCGCCGAACUGCUCGAGGACGACAAAUACAAACAAAAAGCGCUGGCCAUUGCCGGAAGAUAUGCGAGCCGUAUUAAGAAAUUCCCAUUCGUGCUCCCGAAAAUCCUCGCCGGCUACGAGAGGCUGAUCGAGCAGGACAGCGUCAAGAUUGUCAUCGUCGGCCCAAGGGAUGAUCCGCGCACGAAAACCUUCAUCGACUAUGUCCAAGGAGUGCAUGUCUUGAAUAAGGAAGUGAUCUUCUUGGAUCCUGCCAAUAAAGAUAAUUCUUGGCUGCUCAAAAACUCGCCACGCUUCAAGGAUUACCUGAAGGGUGCCGACAAGCCGGUUGUACAUAUUUGCAAGGGAACCGCCUGCCUGAAGCCGGUCACUUCCGGCGAGGAGCUGAAGGGCGAGUUGGACAAGCUGAAAAGCAAGAUCGUCUUCGAAACGGAAGGAGCGGCCCAGUCGUCGAAAGCCGAGCCCCUUGCCGCUGAUGUCCCAAAACUU